AUGGCAGAGAGCGUACCCGAACAAAGACUGGGGACUCCUCAGAAACACCUCCCGACGUGUGACAAACAUAGUGAACUUAUUGAUAUUUUCUGUGAGGACUGUGAUGAAUUCAUUUGUACUGACUGUGCCAAAACGGACCACAAAGAUCACAACUGGGUCACAAUAGUCAAGGCGGCCAGUCAAAGGAGGAGACAACUCUUCCGGUUUAUACAGAAUAUCAAGGAAGAAAAAGUACCAGAAAUGGACAGAAAAAUAGAACAUACAUCGAUCAUGAUGAGCGAAAUUGAAAAGCAAGGCGAAAGCGAAAUGCAAAAGAUACGGAAGCACUUUGAGGAAAUCAUAGCGAGACUUAAAGAAAAAAAGACAGGUCAUCAAAAAACUCUUGAAGACAAUCUCAUUGAAAGAUAUGAGCAGGUGAAUUGUUCGAAAACAAAGUACGAAGGACAGAAAAAAAAGCUUGUUGAGAUGGUGAAAUUGAUGGAGGAGAAUAAUAGCACCAUGUCUGAUUACAAAUUGAUUAAUCAUCACAGAGAAAUGUCACAACAUGUGUCUGCUAUGGAUGUUGACACAAAGAUCUGUGAUUUUUCAUUGAGAUACAUAUUUCGAAAACCCAAUGAUGACGAAUUGGAUUUUCUGAUGGGACAAAUGUUUGAUUUAAAGAACAUUAGAGCUACUGAAACAAACUCAUUUCAAUACAGUGAUUCACGUACUACCAUACUGAAUGCCUUUAGUGAGAAUGAUACUUAUAUCAAAUAUUUUAAGUCGGAUUGCAUUGAACAUAUCAACAAACAAGGUGAUAAGAAACAUAAAUACAAUGUUACUGCGAGUGACAUCUGUGUGACAGAUACCGGUGAUGCUUAUUUCACUGACUAUAAGGACAAUACCAUCGGCCGUCUGUCUCCGUCCGGAUCUGUCUCUACAGUAGUCAGUACACUUCCACUGUCACCGAUAGCAAUCUGUCAGUCAAUCAACGGUGGUCUUCUGGUCACUUUGAAAGACAGUAAAACAAACUCAUUUGAAUUAAAAUCUGACAGCAAACGUCUGUUGCGUCACAUAACGAUGACUGGUGACGACAUUCGUGAGUAUGAGUUCCAGGAGGACGGGAAGACCAGACUGUUUACUGUACCUAUCAAAGUCAAACAGAACGGUAACUCUGACAUCUGUGUUGCUAAUUACACAUCUGAUGUUACGGGUAACGUGGUGAUUCUGUCAUCCUCUGGUUGUCUGAGAUCUGUCUAUCACGGACAGAACCUGAAUAAGGACUUUUGUCCGUGUGACGUGGUGUGUGACUCUCGAUGUAACAUCCUUGUUACUGACCUCAACAAUCAUCGGAUCCAUCUGCUGAGUCCUGGCGGAGAGUUCCUGAAAUUUUUACUGACUGAGAAUGAAGUAGAUAAUCCAUUCAAAUUAUCUCUGUUUGGAUCUACCCUGUGGGUGGGGAAUUUUAAAGGCACUGUAAAACUGUUUCAGUUUCAAUAUUGA